GACGUGCCAACUUCGAACAAGGCCAUUUUGUCGCAACCGCCGCGAAGCUGGAUGUCCGGCACACCGCCAAAGCGCAGUUCGCGGCUUUCGGCGAAUGUGCAACGAAAGCCUGCAAGAGCGGAUGAGCUGCGGCCUUCCAGAAGUCAGAACAGCAGGCCUUCUCGAAGUGAGCCAAGGCGACCCGAACGAGGUCUAGCGGCAAGCCGUGCAGCCGCAAACUUCAGUCCUGCAGAGGAUGAUGGUGGCACUGGAGGUUCUCACAGUACAACCACCAUGGCGACAGAAAAAGCACCUUGUGUUCGAAGCACCAGAUCUCCGGAUGCGAGGCAGGAUUCCUUUCCUUUGCUGACUGACGAGGCUCGGGACUGGCUCGAAGAGAAUGCAGAUCGGCUAUCUGAUCAGACGCAGAAAUGCUUAAUGAUGCACCAGCAGCUCCAGCAGCUGUUAGUGCAGCAGGGCAGUUUGCCAAUGAGGAUGGAUGCUCCUUCUGCGCGGGCCGCGCGGGAAGUAGAGGAGAAGAACCCCGGCAAGCUGUCGCCGACUGCCUUGGAAGGAGCGCCUUUGGAUCUGAAAGCCGAGCUCUGCUCGCAUUCGGUUGCUGCACGGAGGAGAGAUGAGCUCAGGUCUGAGCUAGUAGCAGCUGAACAAGAACUACUCGCGGCUGAGGCGGAGUUCAGGAUAGAGGAAGCUCGAAAUGAUAAGUUCGAGCAGGCUGUGGAAGCGGGCAGCGAGGCCGAAAUGCGCCGUCUGCAGGAGAAGGCUGCCUUGCUCGAAGCCCGACUUCGAGACAGGCUCGAAACGCUGCAGCAUCUUGCUUCCAAGGCGAGGGCAGGGCAACAACGGUCGCCUGUCUCCCUCUCGCCGACCCAGCCAUGCCAGUCGCCCAUCCGCAGCUACAAGAUCUUCAACACCAAAGCACGGUCGGUGUCGCCGCCCAGGCAGCAGCAUUCAAUAACCUUGAGCACUGGCAAGCCACUCGUGUCACAGUGCAGGCCUCUCAGUCGAACGCACGAGCCGCCGAGGGCGCUUUCAGGAUCCCCAAGGGCGGUUUCUACGCCGGUGGUCGCAACACCGCCCCUGCUGAGAGUGGCUGCCGCAGCAGCCGGUGCUGCGAGACACCAGGCUACGGCACACUUCCAGCAACUUGAUGAUGCCAGGCAUCGAGCACAGGUUGACUUCUGGUCUGGCCUAUAG